AGCCAAAUUGCUAUACGUCAACCAGCCUACCGGUCACAACGAUAUCUGUGCAACCCACUGCGGGUCGAAUGACAACAUGUUCCACGACGAACAGGCUGUCCAGAUAUUCUGGACCAACAAAGCCAAUUCCUUCAAGGUUGAUCGGAAAUGUGAGGCUGCCAUGAAUCACACUCACCGAGGUCGUACUUGAAUGAGAACAACACGUGAAGGCAAGUAUGAAGUUAGAUUGAGUCAUAUCCCAAGCCCUCCAUCACACAGCAUCUGGACGAUGACAAGACUUACCAUCAACAGAGAAGCCACAUCAGCAAUGUCAACGGGGUACCAAAUGCCCCAGCACGCAAGCAGAAUGGAACCGCCCACUACCAAUUGUCCCUGCUCAAUUAAUGGACUUCAAAUAAUUACGGAGCUCCGGACUGUCCAGCCCGUUGUUGAACUUGGCACGGUUCUCGAUAUCGUUCAAAGGGUAUAUACACACGGCAAGGAUGUACUCCAAUGCCAAGACUGUCGAAAAAGCCCACACUCAUCAUAUGUGAUGCUACCAGCAUUGGCGGAGCAAUGUCUCUCCCUAUUUGAAGCCGUCUGUAUAGCAUAUAACAUUAUGAGGGGGAACAUGCUAUUUGAUCCGUCAGUAUUGGCGUUCGAGGAGCCAUUGCCGCAAUUUAUCUGUAUGAGGAGUAAGACAGUGUUGGGGCAGAUAGAGUUGGAUGAAAAGGAGUCCGUGAUGCUGGUAAGAACACUACUGGGGAGGAACUUAAUGAAGAUUUUGGAGGUGUUGGAGACACUGCAAAAGAUAUUCAGGUCGUUAGGGAAAGACGCGGUUGAAGGGGGAAGAUGUGCGGGCCCCGCAACGCUACGGGCGUGUGAGUCGUCGGUUGAGGUCACCAUGCGGAGGUUCGCAGUUUUUAUGAAGCAAGUUGAGGAUAACUCUGGUAGGUCGUUUAUACAUUCUAGGCUCGCGGUUGUGGCUAACACUGAUUCGUGUAGGGGCGUGAAGGACGACGACGAGGGGUGAGGGGCGAGGACGAGGCGUACCCUAUAUACUUUGUGAGAUCAAGCAAGUUAAUGAAUUAGAUUGGGUUCCGACGCGUUAGCUCAUUCCAGUCAUUAGACUGGCACUAAGACCAUCAUCAUAUGAUGUAAGACAACACACGAGAGAUCAGUAACGAGAAACAUUGAGUCGAGAACAUGAACGGAGAAGAAGAAACAACACAAUGACGAGUCGCGAGAGAUAUCAAGUC